AUGGCUCGGUUGGACUCAUUCACAAAAAACGUGUUUUCAUCGUUCAAAGGAGACACUGUUAAGCAAUCUGGUGGUGAAUUCGAUUACUUGGAGACAUCACUUGAGAAAUUUGAUGACGGACCAUUUUUUCUCGGACAGUUUAGCCAAGUGGAUGCUGCUUAUGUUCCGUUUAUCGAAAGGUUUCAAAUCUUUCUUCAAGAAGAGUUUAGUUACGAGAUAACAUCCGGCCGGCCAAAGCUUGCGGCAUAUUUGGAGGAGAUGAACAAGAUUGAUGCUUACAAGCAAACGAAAUGUGAUCCGAAAUGGCUCGUCCGGUUUUACAAAGCUCGUCUAGCGGCAUUGGGUUAG